AUGUGGCUGUCGGCUGAAAGGAAAUGCGACCACAAUGAUUACGAUGAAUUUUCAGGGCCAUUGACAGUUGUUGCCUUUGAUGAAAGAUGUUAUGUUUUUAGCUUUGUUGAUUUUAUUUCAAAAAAUGUAGUUGUGGAUGCAAUUGGUACACGAACAUGUGCUGUUUUGUGGCUGCAGUUUGAAGCUUUUGGCCAAUCUGACAAAAUCAAUUAUGAGAAGUCAGUUCGUUAUGACUCUCAUGAAAAUGGUGUCCGUGAACGUUCGCAAGAAACAGUCGUGGCAAUUGCUAUGACAACGAUAAUUUAG